AUGCCACGUCAAGAGUCAUCAUUAACACAUCUUUACAAAUCUCGAUCAACAAUUUCUCUUUCACAACGACUUACUGCCAGAUCUUCCGGUUCACCCUCUCGUUCAUUCCACAUGCCAAAUUCCCCACUCAGUGUUGUAUUUAAUAUUCCGGAAAACGAUAUCGAUGAAAAUAUAGAAUCUACCUUUUUACAAACGUCACGAAUAAACGAAAAUGACGAUAAUAGAAUCCAUCAUCAUGAAAAACCUACAUCAAAUUUCCGAAAGCGACACGCCCAACGUCAUUCCGUAGGUCCAAUUGAGCUUAAAGACUCACCUUGUGCAUUCGAAUGCUGCGGAAAAACUUUGGUCGAUAAAUUGAAUCAAUUUUCUCAAGGAAAUAUUUAUACUAUUGUCAAAUGUGCGAAACAUGAUGGAAGGUCGGAAAAAAAUAUAACAAAAUGGGGAUUUUUAAAAAAAUUUUCUAGAAUAUUUAAGAAGUUGAAAAGAGGCAAGAAAGAAAAGGUGAUUUGUGGAACCGGCAAGUAUUCGGAAACCAUAACGGUCAAGAGAAUAAAGGAUGGAAAAAAG